AAUUUAACCCGAACAACUAUGAAAUUGUUCAGUUAUAGCCCAGUUGAUAAAGCGUCGUCGUUUCGGCACUAAAACCCUAGAUCCAUCUCCACCCUCCACAGUAAUCAAUCGAGCACGGAAGAGAGAGAUGGGAAAAGAGAUGGAGUCGCCGAAGGAGCAGAGCUCGUACACCGUUGAGCAGCUCGUCGCCGUCAAUCCCUUCAACCCCGAAAUCUUACCCGAUCUCGAAAACUACGUCAACGAGCAGGUUACAUCGCAAACGUAUAGCCUGGAUGCGAAUCUAUGCUUGCUUCGUCUCUAUCAGUUUGAGCCUGAGCGCAUGAACACUCACAUCGUGGCUCGAAUCUUGCUCAAGGCUCUUAUGGCUAUGCCAGCUCCAGACUUCAGCCUUUGCCUCUUCUUGAUUCCAGAAAGAGUGCAAAUGGAGGAGCAGUUCAAGACGCUUAUUGUUCUCUCACACUACCUUGAGACUGGGAGGUUCCAACAGUUCUGGGAUGAAGCUGCCAAGAACCGUCACAUUCUUGAGAGUGUUCCAGGUUUUGAGCAAGCUAUCCAAGCGUAUGCAAGUCACCUUCUUAGCUUAAGCUACCAAAAGGUUCCAAGAUCUGUGCUUGCCGAGGCUGUCAACAUGGAUGGUGCAUCUCUAGACAAGUUCAUUGAACACCAAGUGGCUAACAGUGGAUGGAUUGUAGCGAAGGAAGAUGGAAGUAUCGUCUUACCACAGAACGAAUUUAACCGUCCGGAGCUGAAGAAAAAUCCAGGUGAGAAUGUUUCCUUGGAACACAUUGCCCGCAUCUUCCCCAUCCUUGGUUGAACCAGUUUGUGAGGACUCUUUGAAAUUUUCCUUUUUGUCCCCGUCUUUUCAUGUACUACAACACUUUAAGACACUGUAAUGUGAUCUUUGCAUUAACAAUUAUAAGUAGUUGCUCGAUUUGACUGCACCGCAAAGAUUAUUGGAUGCUAUUAGAUUUAUACAGGGCC